AUGCAUUGCACGUUGUACGAUCCUGGUCAGGAAUCGAGCGACGGUAAAAGGUUCAUUGUCUUCGCAUUGUGGAUUGCAGAGGCUCUCAUUGAUGCAGGUGCGACGGUCGAUAUACCUGGAGGUCCAGAUUUGGACACACCAUUACAUGACGCCAUCCAAAAUGGGCAAGCCAGUUGUUGUGAGCUGCUUCUGUCACGUGGUGCGAAUCCUGUGGUAUCGAAUGGUCUGGGGAAAACUCCGCUGCAGCUGAUUGAGGACCUUCUGAAUCGUACGGUCGGUGAAGAGAAAAGGUCAAAGCGACUUCCGGGUCCUCAUUCAGAUCCUAUAAAAUCCUUAAAGACUGUGAGAGCGCGUAUUUUAAAAGCCAUUGAAUGCAGGAAUGGGACAAACAAGGCUGAAGAAGCUGUACCAUUGCAUUCAGAAAAACAAGUCGGAUCGGUGAUCCUUUCAGCCAGGCAUUCGGCCUUCGUCGAACGGUCGGAGACGGCCUUCGUCACCGCGACCCCGUGGUUCUUCAGUCUCAAAAAUUUUUCGACCCCACUAUGUCUGAAUCUCCCACAGGAUUCAGCUGAUGCGACCUGGUCAUUAAUCAAGCACGGUAACAGUGGCACGAAGCCGAGUACAUCACAGCCUAGAAUGUACCAAGGCAGAUGCUACAGUGCUUCCCCGGUUGACAGAAUCGAUCACUCAUGGAAUUUGAGUAAAAACUGCAGAGAUUCCAGUGGGGAACGGGCACCUGUUGUACUAGCCGAUAUAGUUUAUCAGUGUCUAGAUAUGCUCAGAAGACCAAAGAAAUGCUUGCGCAAUCCGUCGGCGUUCACGGUGUACACCCGAUCACCCUGGAACUCUACCAAGGGUGGUCGUCUGUAUGUGGAUUGUUAUCCACAUAUUCAUUCAGUGCACAUGUUCAGACGAGAAUCCGGAAAAGGUGGUUUUUGGUUUGAAUCGACCAUGAAAAAUUGUAACUAUGACUUGACGAUUGGCGAUGUUUGGGUCGUGCGCGACAAAUUGCGCCGCUUGGACAAUCCUGUUUGUGGUCUGCAUGGUGUCCGAGAGGCCUUGCACGCAUCUGGACCCAUGGCUGCCUGUUUGUGA